AUGGCCACCAACGAGACAUCCUCCGGCGCUCGUGCGCUACCUGUCGAGGAGGACUUUGUCGCCAAACACCCCAAGAUUGCCCAACUCAUGACAGACACCCCGGAAGACGCCAUCUCGUCCGCAGUUAGCACGCCCGCAUCCGAAAUGGUGCCGUCGUCCGAGCUGCCGUCGACACCGACCAACGGUAGAGCUACACCGUCCGACUCGGAACCAGAGCCGUCCGUCGCCACCUCGACGCUCACCACCACCAUCUCCAAUUCGCACGGCACCGGAUCCUCCACGUUCGAGUUCAAGCACAUCGGCGCCAAGGCGCUCUCGCCUCGAGUCGGCAAGGAUGGCGCCAUCCACCUCAAGCCCGUCGCCGCCUCGACACGCUCGCGCAAAAAGAUGCGAGCCGUCGUCAGCUUCAAGCCGCGCAACAGUCACUUUGACCGCUUCAACGAGACCUCCUCGCGCGACCAGUUCCGCGGCUUCUUCACCCUCUUCUGGGUCUGCCUCGCCCUCUUUGUGCUCAACACCUCCUACACCUCCUUCGCCUCCACCGGCCAAGUGCUCAGCCUCACCUUUGCCACGCUCUUCAGCAGGGAUGCAUGGAUCCUCGCCAUCUCGGACGGCGUGCUCAUCGCCUCGCUCUUCAUCUGCGUGCCCUUCGCCAAGGUUUGUCGCCGCGGCUGGGUCCGCUACUGGCCCACCGCGGUCACCUUCCAGCACCUGUGGCAGGCAACGCUGCUCGGCCUCGUCAUCAAGUGGGCGCGCUAUCGCGAGUGGCCGUGGGUGCAGAGCGGCUUCUUCGUGCUGCACACGCUCGCCAUGAUGAUGAAGAUCCACUCCUACAUGAACGUCAACGGCAACAUGGCCGACACCUACCACCGCAUGCGCCGCAUCGAAGGCAUGCUCGAGGAGCGCGUCGCCGAGGUCGAGGGUGCCGAGGCCGGUCGAGGCGACGAACAACUGCAUGCCGCGUGGGGUAAAGCCGUCCGUCUCGCUCGCAACGCCGCAGGCUUUGGUGACAAGGACGCCGACAAGGCCACCGCGCACUCUCUUGCAGAAUGGUCGGCGCUCCACAAGCAGCGAGGCAGCAGCUCGAGCCGGCUGCACCUGGGACAAGCACUCAAUGCCGCACCCCAGGGCGAGGAGCCAUCUCCCAAACUCACCGUCAAGGACGAAUCCAGCCAAGCUCGCGACCAAGCCGACUCUCUGCCAGAUCCGCCAGGCCGCAAAGACAAGCAAUUAAGCCGGGAAGAGCACAUUCAGCUGCACAAGAACAUGACCGACAAGACCAACGCCGAGCGCAAGGCUGGCACCGACAAGGACAACGAAGCCAAAGCCGACUCGUCGCUCAACCGACGCCGAUCCACGAGUCGAGCCGCUUCGGGCGCCGAGCCGCAUCAGAUUCGUGAUCCGCAUCCGCUCUCUUCGCACCCGGACGGGCUCAUCUCGGAUCUGGCGCGCGAGAUCGAGGUGCUGCGCGAGGAUCUGCUGUCGUCCCGACCGUCGUCCGAGCCGUCGCCCGAGUUGAUCCGACAGGAUCCCGUCAUGUGGCCUGCCAACUUGACGUACGCCAACUUCUGGGACUACUUGCUGGUGCCUACGCUCGUCUACGAGCUCUCCUACCCGCGACUCAAGACGAUCCGUCCGCUCUACGUGCUCGAGAAGACGCUGGCGACGUUUGGCACGUUCCUGGUGAUCUACGUGAUCACCGAGCACUGGAUCAUGCCGUUCACCCCCACGCCCGAGACGCCGUUUCUGCGCACGUUCCUGCAGCUGGCGGUGCCAAUGAUGAUCAACUACCUGCUCAUCUUCUACAUCAUGUUCGAGUGCAUCUGCAACGCGUUUGCCGAGCUCACGCGCUUUGCCGAUCGCGAGUUCUACCUGGACUGGUGGAACGCCACCAGCAUGGACGUCUUCAGCCGCAAGUGGAACAAGCCCGUGCACAGCUUCCUGCUGCGCCACGUGUAUGCCAGCACCAUCGCCGCGUGGGGUCUCAGCAAGAGCAUGGCCAUGUUCUUGACGUUCCUGCUCAGCUCGCUCGUGCACGAGCUCGUCAUGGCCAUCGUCAGCGGCAAGAUCCGCUUCUAUCUGUUUGCGGCGCAGAUGGUGCAGCUGCCGCUCAUCAUCAUCAGCCAGAUCCCUUUCAUCAAGCGCAACGAAACGCUCGGCAACAUGAUCUUCUGGAUCGGCCUUAUGGCGGGCUUCCCGCUGCUCAACAUUGGCUACCUCGUCUACUGA